AUGGAUCAGCAUUUGUUGGAAGUAGAUCUAGCGCAAGAAGGGCUUCGACGUAAAGAUCUUAUGAAAAAGCCCAUACAAAGACGAACAGUUGACUAUGGAAGUGGAAUAACACGAUGGUUCCAAGAAAGAUCAAAAAUAAAAUCAUUUAGAGAUGUUAGGUAUAUGCUUCCAGAACAUGAUUCUAUUGUUGAUUUACUACCGCCAUCUGCUUAUCAAUAUAAUCCUUCAUUAAAUCUUCCUACUAAAUAUAUCCAUGCAUCAUCAAACAAAGUAAAGCAUCCAGUAAAUGUUGUAAAAUGGACGCCAGAUGGAAGACGAUUAUUAACAGGUUCAAGUAGUGGAGAGUUCACAUUAUGGAAUGGCUUAACAUUUAAUUUCGAAACAAUUUUACAGGCACAUGAUCAUGCUAUAAGAUCAUGUGAAUGGUCAAAUUCAGGUGAUUUUUUUUUAUCAUCAGAUCAAUCAGGUAUUAUUAAAUACUGGCAACCUAAUAUGAACAACGUAAAAGUUUUGAAUGCUCAUUCAGAAGCAGUUAGAGAUAUUUCAUUUUCUUCAACAGAUAGUAAAUUUGCAACGGCAUCAGAUGACGGUUCAAUCAAAAUAUGGAGUUUUACCGAAGCACAUGAAGAACAAAAACUAACAGGUCAUGGGUGGGAUGUAAAGACUGUUGAUUGGCAUCCAUCAAAAGGAUUAUUAGCAUCUGGUUCAAAAGAUAAUCUUGUUAAAUUAUGGGAUCCUAGAUCGGGACGAUGUCUCACAACACUACAUGGACAUAAAAAUACAGUUUAUCAAGCAGCAUUUCAACCAACACAUGGCGAUCUUUUAGCUACAUGUUCUCGGGAUAGUAUUACUCGUGUGUUUGACAUUCGCGCUAUGAAAGAUUUAAGAAUAUUACGCGGACAUGAAAAAGAUGUAACAUCUCUAGCUUGGCAUCCUAUAAUUCCAUCUAUUUUAACUACAGGUGGAGCAAAUGGGACUAUAAACCAUUAUAUUAUCGAUGAAUAUUCAUUACCAGAAAAUUCACAAAUCAAAACGGGCAUAGCAUUUUCUACAUCUUCAUUAUUUUGUAAUCCUACUGUUUCUAUACCAUAUGCUCAUGAAUCAUCUAUAUGGUCUAUGCAAUAUCAUCCUCUUGGUCAUCUUUUAUCUACUGGUUCAAAUGAUAGAUAUACACGAUUUUGGGCAAGACCGCGCCCUGGAGACCCUAUUGCUUUUAAAGACAAACACUAUAUUGGAGAAGAAGCAGCAGAAGCGUUAGGAAUUACUGAAAAAAUGCAAAAAAAGAUUCAUGAAGAAGAGGAAGAAGAAACAGAUAUUUUAGUAGAUGAAAACGAAUCUUAUCGCUUUCAACAAAAUACUAAUUCUACUGAACAACCGUCCAUAUCUUCGAAGUUUAUACUUCCAGGACUUCAAGCACUAUCCAAUUCUAAAAAUCAAAAUGAUUUUUCAACAAUAUCAUCAUUCCCUCAUAUUAUUCCACCAGGACUUAUAUCAGUAUCAUCAGACAAAAAUAUGCAAAAUCUAUUGAGGACCCAGUAA